UCCCCUGUUAUCGAUCAAAUGCAAGAUGCAGGAGACCAUUCAUAAGCACACUGAGGUUGCCAGAUGCUCAUAGUUUAUAUACACACAGCAAAGAGACAGAGAUAACUCCAAUGUUUCUUUUUAAACCUAUGGAGUUUAAAGGUUAGAAGCUGACCUUCCGGGCACCUUUGGCCAUCAUUUGUGUGUGUGUGAGCCAAGAAAGAAGGACAGAAAGAGACACACAUUCAAACGUGUCCAGCUGCUCCCUUGGGUAGCUAUUUAGUUUGUAAUGGUAAUGAGGAUGAGAGAGCUGGGGAGAGACGGCUUCAGGGCGAGCCACAGUGGAAAACCUGCACAAAUGAUGUCAGAGCAAUCGCGACCACCGAUUGGAGUGGAGAUUCCCGGCGAGAGCCUAUAAAACCCGGGAAAGACAACAGCAGGAACCAGCAAAGGCAGAGAACGUGAGAAAUUCCAGGAACUGCACCGUGUCCAUCUGUCCGUCCCCCCGUGUGACUGAAACCGAAUCAGAUUAAGGAUGCUGGGCUGUGGAUGUGUGCUGCUCUCUGGUCUGCUGACACUGACCUUGUUCCACUGCAGAGCUGAAAGCUUUCACGUACCCCAAGGAAGACCAGAGUAUGUGGAAUCAUCUGUCGUGGAGGGCCACAGUGUCCAGCGAGGCCAAACGGAGCAGAAAACCUCAGGAGGCGUGAGUGCUAAACUCCUCCUGCAUGACCAAUUGGUUCGGCUGGAGAACGAUGUCAUUGAGACCAAGAGGAAAAGGAGCUUCCCUGGAUCCAACACGCCACUGGACCGUCUGUCAAUCAGCACCAUGGACCCUAAAAGCAACAAGCAGAGAAAGACUGUUGAACUGCCGCGGCGGCGAGUCAGCGUGCCGAUUGACCGGAUUGGUGUAGGUCGCCUUCCCAGCAGCCGAGGAUAAGCUCCGCCCAUGACCACGCCCCCGACAAACACAGGGGAAUAUUGCAGGUAGAUGAUAUGCAUGAUAAGCACACCAGCCAACACAACUCACUAACCACUGAACGAUCUCAGCGUCCUCAACACACUUUUAAUCAUCGCUACUCCAGAGCUGUUCUUUCUCAUUAAUUGCAGGAUUAAUAUCUGAUUAGUAUCAGUUUGGAUCCAUUAUCAUUUUAUUUCAACAUUUAAACUGUUUUUAGAGAAGUGCAGGGAGCAAAACCUGGAAGAUCAUGUUACCCGAAGAUUAGCACAUAUGCUAAGGUUUUACAAUUGGGUUCUUUUUGCUUUAUGAAUAAAAUAAUGGUUUCAAGAAAUAUGGGCUGUGUCCGAAAAGUUAUGCAGCUGACUUGUUGCCUUGCUACACUAUCAGAAAAUCACUCUGGAGGCACAUUUCUUCAUCAAAACUGAUUUCAGAGGCUGCGUCUAAAAUCGCCUAGGCCUGCCACUCAGUAUGUACUGUACUAGAAUUAAAAUUUACUACUCGACCAUUAGAAAAGUACGUUCUAUACAGUAUGAAUAGAACUCGGACAUAUCCUACAUCCGCCAUUUUGUCAUCAUCACAUGACCUACCUGUGUCGGUUGCAUUGCUUCACUCCCAUUCAUGAAUUGUCUUGCGGUGCAUCAUAGGAUAGCAUUGCGUCCAUCGGAUGCGUACUUCAGAAUCUCGCUGAAAGUAAUCAUCAAGCUACUUUUUGCAUACUGUUUUUCGAAUUCUAUGAAUUCUGACAUACUACUCGCCUCGCAUACUGUUUUUAUUAUAUAGUACUAUAUAGUAUGGAAGUAUGUGAUUUCAGACACAGCCGGACAGAAUUCUGACACCAUAUAUUUGAGCAAUAUCACAUGAGUAGCAGUGUGAUAUGGCUGUAUAUCAGCACUGCUGGGAGGCAAGCAUGCCUUAGUGUCCCACCAGUGCUGAUAUACAGCCAUAUCUCACUGCUACGAGUGUGACACUGCGUUUAUACAACAGUUCGACAGCACAUUUGUGUAUAUAUAAGAAAGAAAAUCAAACACAGAGUCAAAAAAAUGUUUGUAUUAGGAACUACUUUCUUCCGCCAUUCAUUUACAUCUGCAGCUGAUGUCAGAACAGCAGAAUCCGUUACUAAUUCACAAACGUCACUUUAGAGCUACUCUAGUGUUUGAAUGAUUCUCUAGUGUAAUGUCUAAGGUGAUAACAAAACAGGUGAUUUCGCUUUUGCAAGAUGCAAAACGGUUCUAGCAGAAUAUUGCACGGCUAUCAGCCAAUCAGAUUCAAGAACCAGACAGAACUGUUGUAUAAAUUUAGUCAUGUACUUCCAAAUUGACAGAGCGUUAGUGAUAACUAAGUUAUAAGUGAUAACAAUAUUUGCUUACUACAAUACUAACCUCAUUAAAAAUAACAGGUGUAAUCAAAAAGUGUAAAACACAUUGGUCAAAAACAUAUAUUUACAUAUAAAAUGACACCCAAGCGGUGCUUUGGGAUGCCAUUUUAAAAUUUUAAGUCACCUGUUAGAAAUGUCAUUCAAAGGAUUGUGAGAUCUCAAAGAUAAUUACAUAGCUAUGCUGUUUUUAGCAUUUGAUCAGAAGAACGUACCUCCAGAGACAGGAAGUGAAGCAGAAUUUGGAUUUGGACAUGCAUUGAUGCCUUCUCACAUUGGAAAGCGGCCUCCAAAGGCCACAGCCAUCAAUAGUUUCAACAUUGUCCACUACAAUGUAAAAUGGAAACACCCAUAUUAUACCCGCAAAUAUUCCUCCAUUCAAUAAAACAAAACAGGCUAUGUGGGAAUGGUUAUGGUGCGAUCAUUUAUUUAAAGAACCAAAUGUUAAAUAUCAGAGUUGUUUACCACAGGCCUUCUUUUACUUAUGUAAAAAAAAAAAAAAUUAUAACACCCCAGAAUGUUGACUUAACCAGCCAAAGCCUGUAAACAAAAGAGUCUGUAACCUUUAACCAUUGCACUUUUUUUCUAAAGCUAACGCUCUGGCUGUGCCGAGAUAAUUUUUAAGUGGAUGUUAAUGAAGAAUAUUAUUGGAGGAAAGUAUUCAAUACACUGAAUACACUGCUUUUGUAGGAAAUUGGCUUUUUAUUCUCCAAGGUUUAAGAUCUUCCCUGCACCACUCUAUUUCUUUUAACAAAAGAGUUUGAGUUUAGUUUGUGAUGCUAGCAGCGUUAGCCAAUCAGAGAGGUAUUUGCUCAUAGCUUCCACUGCACAACUCAAUAUUUACUCCAGUGCCUCACAACUUUUCGCUUGCUGUAAUAUACACAACUAUUGUCAUUUUCUCAUUUUGACUGGAGGCUGUUCAGCCUCGACAAUAAAACAAAUGAAAAUA